UGCUUGUGCCUUGCAGCCUACUUCUGCUUCCUCCUGACUGCUCUGGGUGUGACAGCUGGUGCCCAUCGCUUGUGGAGCCACAGGUCCUACAAGGCCAAGCUGCCUCUGAGAAUAUUUCUGGCUGCCGCCAACUCCAUGGCUUUCCAGAACGACAUCUUCGAGUGGUCCAGGGACCAUCGAGUCCACCACAAGUACUCGGAGACUGACGCUGACCCCCACAACGCCCGCCGGGGCUUCUUCUUUUCCCACAUCGGGUGGCUGUUUGUUCGGAAGCAUCGAGAUGUCAUUGAGAAGGGGAGACACCUUGAUGUCACUGACCUGCUGGCUGAUCCUGUGGUCCGGUUCCAGAGAAAGUACUACAAGAUCUCCGUGGUGCUCAUGUGCUUUGUGGUCCCCACACUGGUGCCCUGGUACAUCUGGGGAGAGAGUCUGUGGAAUUCCUACUUCCUGGCCUCCAUCCUUCGCUAUGCCAUCUCACUCAACGUCACCUGGCUGGUCAACAGUGCCGCCCACAUGUAUGGAAACCGGCCCUACGACAAGCACAUCAGCCCGCGGCAGAACCCGCUGGUCACACUGGGCGCCAUUGGCGAAGGCUUCCACAAUUACCAUCACACCUUUCCCUUUGACUAUUCUGCGAGUGAAUUUGGCUUAAAUUUCAACCCGACCACCUGGUUCAUUGACAUCAUGUGCUGGCUGGGGCUGGCCACUGACCGCAAAAGGGCAACCAAGCCGAUGAUCGAGGCCCGGAAAGCCAGGACUGGAGAUGGCAGCGCUUGAACCCGGAGCUGCCGUCCAACCUGCCCGCCGCACACACUUUGGUUCAUGCCUUCUGUUUCUAUAGUUCUCUUGCUCAUUGGUUCACGGGAGGGGGCGGAGGGUGGGAGGGAGUGGAAUCCAUGUGGUUGGGAAAUUUUUCGUUUGUCUCAAAGUCAAGAUAGAACUUUCAAUGAAAAAAAUGUGUAAGUCAGUGUAACGAUGAUUUAGCCUUAGAUCUUGGACAUGUGAUUUAAUCGCUGUAGCUACAUAUCAAACAUACAUUGUCUUGUGCUAGUACCUAGUGUUAACCCUGACAGGAUGAAGGAAUUUAAUAUUCUUUCCGUGUGAUUCAGGAGAGCAUUUUCUUUUCUGCCAAUUACCCCAGCAUUAUUUUUAAACACACUAUCUGAAGGAACAGAGAAGCAAGGUGGCAGACAAAGGAGGGGGUCUAAGUAGUAACUAAAGAACGUUUCUGUUUUGCAAUUACUGUGUGUUUUUGUUGUUUAACUUCGAAAAUUGAACAUUUUAAAAAAGGAGGCUACACGAAGUGACUCUCUUAUUAUUUUUGCCCUAUUUACGGCUUGUUAAUGCUCUACUGUCUCUGUUCCCCGAGGUCUGCUCGUGGCCCAGCUAGUUUUGUGUCCCGAGCUGUACAGCCAGCUGACCCUAUAAAUCAGUGGCUGGUUGGAUGUUUGAUUUUGCUCUCUUUGCUAUCGUCAUCUUAAAAGUAUAUAACUCGACGUGCCAGACACCAAAUGAAGCUCAAAUGAAGCUCUCAUUUCAGUGUUUAGAUGCCUAAUUUAUAUCCAAUUGUUCCCAGCCACUGAUGCAUGUACUUUGGCUGCUUCGGUAAUAUGCUAAAGAAGCAUAUUAAUUUUCCACACCAGGCCAUCAGAUUUUACUAACUGACAGUUAUCUAGAACUCAGUGUCUACUAAUGUUUCACCUGCAUGCGGCCUUGAUUGGUUUUGCAGCAAAAUAUAAAGUGAUCAUUAUGUAUCUUCUGGAUUUAAACAUUUUCGUGUGUUAAGUUGCCUUGUAAAGAGCAUGUUGAAUUAAUGGGACAGUGUGCCCUUUGUGUCAGAUGUUAGAGCAGAAGAAAGGCUUAUAGUGUUGGCAAUGGAGCCCUUCAAAGACAGCUCGUUUUAGGGAUGAUGUAGGAUUUAAAAUCAAAAUUUUAAAGUUUUGAAAAAGAAGCGAUGCCAAUAGGAGAUUGUCAUAAUGAAGUUCUUCAUCCAGCAGGUGUUUAAGUGUUAUUUUGCCAUUAAAAAAUGUAUAAACUAUGAGUGAUUUACAAUAAAUGAGUGUGAAUUUG